GUUCGUACUAAUCUAUUUCCUUUAGGCUGUCCCACAAGAAUUCAUUCUUUUUCUACCCAUGCGUGAUGCAUGUUCUUCCAUAACAUGACGCGUUGAUUUUUAAAUUUUCACAGUGUGGUAUUUAGUGCCAUACUCCGUGACAUUCACAGUUUAGCACGUUAAGCAGUUAAGCAGGUUGGUUAAGUCCUAGACCCUAUACAGUCGGAAGGUGUGAGGCAUAUUGCAGGGUUAGGUGCUGAGAUAUAUCUGAAGAAAAGAUGUGGAAGAAAUAUUAUUAUUAUUACACGGUAAUUAUUUGGAACAUUUAUGAGAAGACAGUUGUCUAGUAACUGAAAUGUACAUUUGUAAAAAUUCGAGUAGGCCUUUUAAGGACGAAUCGCGAUGGAUGGGGAUCAGUCAGGCCAAUGUAAACACGAGGGUACAAGAGAGGUGCAAAAUGAUAUGAGGGGAACAGAGAAUUGGAGGAUGUGCCCAUCCCCUGAUUCACCUCGGAAGCCUGUUAAAUCAACAGCAGUUGUCAAGUAUUCAUCAGUACAGUCUUAUGCAAACUUUGCCCUCCUUCAGUGCAAUACAGACUUAAACUUGCCGCCUUCCAACUGGCUUACUAGCUCUGCUGAAUCAUAUGGCCUGCAGUAUGAACUAUCCCACUCAUCAGGAUUUUCAAGUUUCCGGAUGGCUCACAUGUUUCCAGAUUGUGUGGGUGAAGUGGAUGUAGUGUCAGACGCAGAGAAUAUAAAGAAACUGUUGAAGAUUCCCUACAGCAAAGGGCCGGUCAGCAUGAUGGUGCAUCGAAUUGAGAACACUCUGCUUAUUGAUGAGUUUGACAUCCGUAAACACUUGCUGCGGACUGCUGAAACAGAGUGGGAAUGGCUGAAAAAAUUCUUCUCUGAUCAUGUUUUGAAAUCCUUGAGUGACAAGGACAAGCGCUUGUUCCACAAGAACAACAGCCGCUAUGCUCUGCAGCGGAAGAGUUUGGCAUCCAAGUUCCUGUAUCAUAGUCUGGAUGUGGCAGAACCAAAGAACCAAGAGGAUGAGAUACAAGAACAGCACAUUAACACACCUCCACCGAUGUCUGUGGCCACAGCUUGGCCACCAUUGCCAGAGCCAAGGCCUGAAGAGAAUCUUCCUGACCCAGCAUCUAAUCACAAGUUUGUCCGUAAUGUUGUGUGGACAUUUGAAGACAUCCAGAUGCUUAUUGGUACAGAUAUGCCCAUAUUUGGGGGUUCGACUCACCCAUGCAUCAGCCUCAGACUCAGGGAUAUGUCAAAGCCAAUAAGUGUACUGACAGGAAUUGAUUACUGGCUGGACAACUUGAUGUGCAACGUGCCGGAGUUGGUGAUGUGCUACCAUCUGGAUGGAAUAGUGCAGAAAUAUGAACUCAUAAAGACAGAAGACCUACCACAUCUGGAGAAUUCAAAAUUCUCACCAAAAGUUAUUAGAGAUGUCGCCCAGAAUAUUCUGUCCUUCCUCAAGUCAAAUGCCACCAAGGCUGGGCAUACAUAUUGGUUAUUAAAAGGCAAAGAUGAUGACAUAGUGAAACUCUACGACCUAACGUCUCUGUGUACAGAUCUGAUGGAUGAAAAAGGGCAGAAUCCAUUCACUGUUCCCGUGGCAAUGUUACUUUACAGGGUAGCAAGAAAUAUGAAGCAUUCAGCAGAUGGACGGAGGCAGCAAGGUACCAUUCGCAUGUUACUUAAGAAUUGUUUAGCUCUGCUGGUGAAGGAGAAGUACCCUCAGAUUGUGACGUCGGCACACUACAUGCUGUCAGACCUGUAUGUACCUGCCGACACUGAUCCAGCAUCACCGAGACUGGAUGGGCAACUGAAUGAUGAGGAUUGUGGAAGUGACAGCCAGAGUGGAGUGGAGGAUGUUAGUGAUGGAAAAAAUGGUGUGGAUGAGAACUUAUUUCAAGGUUCCAUCAACAGCAGCAGCAGUGUUCCUGUGAAGGCUCUGUGUGUGUCAUCCCCAGAGACUGCCUCACGAGAUGUGUCCAGUGAUGAAUCAAAGGCCAGUUCUCCUCCCCCUGUUUGUGGUGGGGUGGAAGAGCGCUGUAAGAUGGCGCUUCAACAUGUUGCCUUGGGACUGCAGUGCUUGCAGUACUUUGAUGGCAAUGACAAGGAUGACAGCAGACAGCAAGAGGGGGUUCACGAGAAGUACCACUUUCAGACUUUUCAGAAACACAUGAAAGGCAGUAAGCCAGAGCCACAGGAACAAGACACUCCAAAGAUGGCGAGACCUUUCCAAGCCAUUCCGAUGCCUUACUCACCUUUAUCACCUCAGAAAGAGAAUGAGGAACUGCCUGAUAUAUCUGGGCCAGCUCUGACAGGCACAACCAAAAAGAAGAGGAAAGAGAAAGGUAUUCCAGUGACUGCCACAGGCAGUAAGACAAAGGGUGCCAAUGUGAGAGGUGAGACAGCUGGCGCAGUUGAUGGUGCUUGUAGUUCUCCAAAGGCCCUCUUAUGCAAGUCCAGGACGGAGGCCCUACCCACAUGGCAGCGGCCAGAUAAUAAGGACAGAAUGUCAUGGAGCAUCCACUUGAAGACACUGCUAUAUGAGAAGGCCUGUCUUGUGUAUGUCACCCUGGCAGAAAGUGAUUAUGUUGCUGAAAAUUAUGGCAGAUCCCUGCAUUACAUUGUACAUGUGCUUCGUGUGUUGGCGGCACUUGCAAGUUCUUCAUGUAGUGUGGGAUUGCAGAGUUACCUCCUGGGCCGCGCUGGAGACUGCUGCUUUAUGAUUGUUCAGAACUGGACUCAGGUGGACACUCAUCGUAAGGACUAUGCUCACUCCACCACUUUAGACUGUGAUAUCAUGAUGGAAGUGGAAAAGGAUCUGGCCAUACUUGGUAUAUCACAUGAAGGCACUUCAAGUUACCAGCAAGAUGUAAUCCCUGAGACUGUUGAUAAUAUGGAGCAGAUGCUGCAGGCUAGUUGCUGCUGUUAUCAGAAAGCACUGGCCUUGGAGUCCCAUGACCAGCAGAAGAACAAUCUCCAGCGCAGACUUGGAAAUAUUCAUAAUGAGCUAGGAGUUAUGUACAUGAACCUAGCAGCAGCAAGGUACAAGGAAGAGGUGAACCAGCAGCAGCAGAAGCCUCAUGAGAGCGUGUUCCAGAAACUGUUCACUCAGUCCCUGUAUCAUUUGGAGGCUGGAGUGAAGGCAUUCAGUGUUGUGCAUGAUGAAGCCAACCUCGCAUUGCUACACUCCAACACUGGCCGCUUGAUGAGAAUGUGUGCUCACUUUCACUCUCCUGAUUUGAGUGGCCGACAUUCAGGAUUGGCGGGACAAGAACGUCACUUUUAUAAUAAGGCUUUGAGUAGCUACCAAAAAGCAGUGCAAGUUUUAAAUACUCGGAAGAAUAACCCAGCAAUCUGGGACACUGUGAUAUGGGAACUGUCCACAACAUUGUUCACCAUGGGCACUCUCUUGCAAGACUUUCCAGAAUUGAACAUGAAGAGCCAGGAAGAGGCAGAGAAGGAGGUAGCAGAGUUUCUCAUGAAGGCAUUGAAAUAUUGUGACCUUGACACACCCGGCCCACGCCAGCCCAUUUAUCAAUUCCGUGCUGCCACCAUCCACCACCGUCUUGCAUCUCUGUACCACAAAACAUAUAGGACCCUGCCAGCAGAUGAUGCUCGGCGUAAGAACAUGUUGUUGUUGUCACGUCUGCACUAUGAAAAGUCAAGUUGCUUGAUGCUGCAGCUGGAGCACCCAUUGGAGUUCUUGCGUGUGCAGUUGGAACGUGUGGCCCUCUCAGAAUUCCAAGCACAAAAUGCUUCUACUUAUGGAGGGAAGUUGAAGCCACUGCAGAUGGCCCUGGAUCUCCUUCUCCAGUGUCAGCCUAUGCUGAAGGUGAUAUUGGAACAAGCCCAGGCAGCGAGGGUUAGUCUUUUUUCAGGAGAAUCUGAACAGGCCCAUGAUGAGUGUACUGAAAUAAAUCCUGAAAUUCAGAUUGCAAGAGAACAGAAUGUAGAUGAAACAUGUGUAAGCAAUGUUUGUGAAGGAUCAGCAGAUGAAACUGUUAAGGCAACAGAAUACAGUGUUCAUGACACAGUGACAGACAAAGGCAUGGUACAUAAUUCUAAAUCUCAUACAGUGGAUCCUACAGAAGUUGAAAGUAUUUUGAAGGAACAUGUUGGAAAUUCAGGCUGUGACAAUAGAGAGGGAUGUAGCAAAGAGACACAGCGUAAUAGUGGCAGUGAUGUGCCCCAGAAUGAACUUGAGAACAAGGAAGAAUUAGCUGAAGAGGAGGAGGAGAGUUCUCUGGUACGGCUGGUAGAGCAGAGACUGCAGUUUGUCCUUCGCAGCUUGACCAAGCUCUGCCUUUCCAAAACUGGAAGUGCUAAGAAGGAUAAAGAGUCAGGGAAUUUGGCCCAAAUGUACAAGAACCUCUACAGCAUGACUCUGAGAGACAGUGAUAAGGAUACAAUGUCAGCAUUAGUGAGCCAUCUGGUGGAGGUACUGGCCACUGUUAAUUCUGUCCUAUCCCUGCAGCAACAGGUGACAAGAUGACCUUGAUACUUCAGUAAGAAUAUGUGUUCAUAAUGUGAAUAUUUCUUUUGUUUAUGUAUUGUAAAUGUAUAUGACUAAUAUUUAUCAUUGAAGAACACUGUAAGUUUGUAAAUAAAGCAAAGAUUGUAUUUUA